AUGUCAUUUGCUCCAUCGAGUAUCCCAAAGAAAGCUGGACCUGGUCAAGGUAGUUUCUCAAAGCCAACCUUAUCAGCUCCAUCUGCUUCAGUUUCAGGUAAUAGAACCAGUGGAUUCGACUUGUAA